CACUGCAGUAGAAUUUUCUUCACAAAAAUCAACCAAAACCAUCACCGCUAUUAUCUUCAUCUUCUCUUUCCCCUCGAGCCAAUGAGAAGAUGAGGAUUUAUGGAAGACUGGCUAUUCGCAGAGCAAUUUCUGCUAAAUGUUCUACUUAUUACGGUAUUUUAGCUGAUCCGUUCUCUUUCUUUUCUUUAAAUUUUCAUAGCAAAGAUACACUUUUUUCACCUAAUUUCAAAAGAGAUUUGAGCUGUGAAAGUGAAGUCGAUGAAGCAAUUUUCUUGUUUCGCAAAAUGGUGAGAAUGCGGCCGCAGCCCCCCAUUUUCGAAUUCACCAAACAACUAAAAGUUAUUGUCAAUAUGAAACAAUACUCGGUUGCCCUCAAACUGUUCGACGAAAUGCGUGAACUGGGUGCCCCUGUAAAUGAGUACACAAUGAACAUCUUGAUUAAUUGUUGCUGCAAUUCGAAGCGUGUAGGCGUUGGUUUUGCUGUCUUCGGCAUCUUCUUUAAACACGGUUACGAGGCAGAUGUUGUGACAUUCACCACUCUUCUAAAAGGUCUCUUUUUCGAUGGUAAGGUGGCCGAGGCGGAGAAAUUGUUUAAGCAGCUUUUGACUUUGAGACUUUGUGAGCCUGAUGAUUUUACGAUUGUCACUGUGAUAAACGGGCUCUGCAAAAAUGGACACGUUCUUGCUGCUCAUGAUUUGCUUUGCUUAUUGGAAAAGACUAUUUAUAAACCCAAUGUUAUGGGUUAUAGCGCGGUGAUUAAUGGCUUAUGCAAAACUGGAAUGGUGGAUAAUGCACUCGAGCUGAAGUGUAGAAUGAUUGAUAAGGGCGUUUCACCGACUGUUGUCACAUAUAGCUCGAUGAUUCAGGGCUUGUGCGAUUUUGGUAGAUGGAAAGAGGUGAAACACUUGCUAGAUGAAAUGGUCAACCACAAGAUUUGUUUAACUGUUGUUACUUUCAAUAUAUUAGUGCACUCAUUUUGCAAGGAAGGAAAUGUUAAAGAGGCUGAAGAUGUUUUGGAAAUUAUGAAGCAACAAAACAUUAGUCCUAAUAUUGUCACUUACAAUGCACUGAUGGAUGGGUAUUGUUUGCAAGGGAAAAUGGAUAAAGCGAAAGAGGUAUUUGAUUCCAUGGCAAGCAAGGGGAUUAAGCCAUCUAUUAUGAGCUACGGCACUUUAAUAAACGGAUAUUGCAAGAAGGGAAAAGUUGACGAAGCUUGGCGUCUUUUUCUGGAAGUUUCUUCUAAAGGCUUAGAACACACAACGGUUACUUAUAACACCAUGAUACAUGGAUUACUUAGUGAAGGCAGAUUUGGAGAUGGAUGGAAACUUUUCAACGAUAUGGAAGCUCGGCAAGUACAUCCUAAUUUACGUACUCACAAUAUUUUGUUGGAUGGCUUGUGCAAGACUCGUCAGAUUGCCGAAGCAUUUUCGUUUCUGAAGACGAUGGAAGAUAAAGGUUUAAAUCCUGAUAUAAUCACAUACGGUAUCUUGAUUAAUGGUUUGUGCAAAGAUGGGAAAAUUGAAGAUGCAAAGAAGCUUUUAAACGAACUUCCGACCAAAGGGUUGCAACCUAAUAAUAAAAUAUAUGGUGCCAUUAUUGGUUCGUUGUGUGAUGAGGGAUUUAUAGACGAGGCAAAAGAUUUGCUUAUAAAAACGGAGAGAAGUGGUUGUGCACCGGAUAGCAUGACAUACAACACCAUUAUUCAUUGCUUUUUGAAGAAGAAAGAGUUGGACAAGGCAAUGCCAUUCUUAGAGGAAAUGCACAAAAAGGGGUUCUUAGCCGACGCAUCUACUUCGUCAAUGUUAAUUAAUCACUUGCAAGGAUCCAAAAACGAAGACGUUCUUUUAGAAAUGAUGAAGAAAGUUGUGCCGAAAAUGUAAAUUAUUCAUUUUUUCGGCUUGUCGAGUUUAAUUAGGUUUUGGUAUGUCGAAAAUGGCUUGUUGGUCAUUAUUGAUUUGUCGCUUCUUC